AAUAUCUAAAACAACAAAGAUUACGCACUUAGCAUAGUUGAUUUUGAGGAACAAGAAGAGCAGACACAAACUGAGAUUGAAGCAGAAAGAUAGAUAUGUCGAGUGGUAGAUCAAUUGGGGUGGCCUUGGACUUCUCUCAUGGAAGCAAACUUGCUCUGAAAUGGGCUAUUGAGAAUCUCAUCCGAAACGAAGACACCCUUUAUGUGAUCCACAUCAAGCCCCCUCAAUCUAGUGAAUCUAGGAAUCUUCUGUGGUCUACAACUGGUUCUCCUCUGAUUCCUUUGGUGGAGUUUCGUGAGCAGGAGGUCAUGAACAACUAUGAGGUCCAAACUGAUCCUGAGGUCUUGGACAUGCUUGACACUGCUACUAGGCAGAAACAGGUGAAGGUGGUAGCAAAGAUAUACUGGGGUGAUCCAAGAGAUAAAGUUUGUGAAGCUGUUGAGGACUUAAAGCUUGACUCUUUGGUAAUGGGUAGCAGAGGCUUGGGUGCCAUUCAAAGGGUAUUGCUGGGGAGUGUUACAAAUUAUGUAACUACAAAUGCAACUUGUCCUGUAACAAUUGUCAAGGACUCUGCCCCUUCUACCGCUUGAUCAUGCUGUUGUCCUCUGUUGAUAGUGUUUUUAGUUUCUAUAAAUAAAUAAGCUUUGUGCUGAACUGCAAUACAUGAUUCAGUGUCUUGUUGGAACCAGAAUUUUGUUGCUAGAAUGAUGUGCAAUGUCUUUAGUUUAUUAUUAUAAAGUGACUACUAUUCACAUGAA